UUUUACUCUUAAAAUGGGGGAAAGAAGUGCAGUCACAAAAUUUCUGGUGGAUUGCCAGUCGAAAGUUUGGGAGCUAUGGCACUCUAAAAGAUCUGCUGCUCUGAUUUCAGUCUGGUCUUAUGUUGGACAAUAAUGGUGGACCGAUGGUGAGCCCUAUGGUAAAGGACAUGCAGUGCAUUGUAAGUGAGUAGUAGAAGUUUGUAUUUGUAUUUAGGUAACUACUGUAACCGUUGGAGUAGCCUACAGGUGUAAUGUCUGCUGAAUGUUAGAUAUGAGUAAAGAAUUUAAUAGAUGAAUUUUGAAUAUGUUGGAGUGUGUUUAGGAUUUUACCAGAUUUUUUUUUCCUUUAAGGAAUUACAGUAAACUAACCGUGAGGUUAUCAAAGCACCAACCGGGGUUUCAUUAGCUUUCAAACUAAUUAAGGAUUGAAGCCAGGCAGUGCCGUGAAGGUAAUAAAGCAUAUGGUGGUAUCUUUUCUUUAAUAAUGUAGAAUGAUAAACUGCAAAGUCUGGCUGGCAGGUAAUGAAAUUUCUUUUAUUUCUUUGUUAGUCAGGGUUUUCUUUUUUUCUUUUUCCUUUCAUCACACCAAACCCAUUUCAUCAAAGACAAUCAUACCUGUAUACCAAUACUGCCAGAUAGAGUAACAUUUCUAAAACAGCUCUGUAUUAAUACAACUAGCCUCCAUAAUCCAUGACGACAGUAAACUGGACAUCUCAUUAUCCAGCCAGUGCGCAUGCGCGUCUGUGAAUCAGUUCACGCGGUCGCGGCUGCUGCUCGCGUGCUGUAUUUAAAAGACAGAGCGUCCGCGUGCGCGUAAACAAACGCACGGUGCCGCUUUCAGAGCUCGUUGUGUCGAGUCGACAUGUCUUCUCUGAGAGAGUAGUGUUCCUCUGACGUGUCGGGAAAACAAAUAAAGAAAACCCGUAGAGGCGAGAAGUAAUGUUAGUUGUGUGUGUUUCCUUUGUGUUUUAUUGAGAGAUGUUAAGGGAGUUGGUGUGCGGCGCUGUGGCUCUGCUCCUGUACGUGAACACGCUCGACGCAGAUUUCUGCUACGAUGACAGUCGUGCUAUCAAAACCAAUCCAGAUCUCCUGCCUGAGACGCCUUGGACCAACGUACUGUUCAGCGACUUCUGGGGCACUCUGCUCACUCACAGCGGCAGCCAUAAAUCCUUUCGGCCACUCUGCACACUCUCUUUCCGCCUCAACUAUGCUCUGGGAGGCCUAGAGCCGCGAGGCUACCACUUAUUUAAUGUGUGCCUGCACUGCUGUGUCACAGCUCUGUUCACUGCACUUUGUGACCUCCUGUUAGCCGGAGGAUCCUGGAGUCUGCUGGCUGGACUUCUCUUCGCCUCUCACCCAGUGCAUACUGAGGCAGUAGCGGGACUGGUAGGACGUGCAGAUAUGGGUGCUGCCCUGUGCUUUCUGCUCUCCCUACUCUGCUACAGGUGCCACUGCAGGCUCCGGCCACACGCUGGAAAUUCGUGGUUCAUGAGGUGGAGAGUGCAGGCAUGGCUGGCUGGUAGCCUGAUUGCUGCAGCAGCAGCCAUGUUGUGGAAAGAGCAGGGGGUGACCGUCCUGGCCGUGUCAGCUGUCUAUGACAUCUGUGUUGUCCACCGCAUGCAACUGUAUCAUGUGCUAGCAGUCCUCCUUAAGAGGAAAAAUACAACCCUGCUGGUAAGCCUGGCUUGGCUGGCUGGUUGGGGAACAGUCCUGUUGGCAGCUCGACUGUACUGGAUGGGCUGCAAGCCGCCACAGUUCUCCAACUCAGACAACCCAGCAGCUGAUUCACCUCACCUCCUCACCAGAACACUCACCUUCCUGUACCUGCCACCUGCCAAUGCCUGGCUCCUUCUCUUUCCACACACCCUUAGCUUUGAUUGGUCUAUGGAUGCCAUACCACUAGUCACAAACAUUUCUGAUUGGAGGAACUUGUGCUCAUUGGCAUUUUACACAGGUUUUGUGCUGCUUGCUUGCUUUGGCUUAAGAAGCAGAGAUUCUGCCACUUUCCAAAUAACCAAUGGAAAAUCCCAUACCAUGAAUGGAAAAUCUCCGGCUAAUGGGCACGGCCUGCAUUUUUCUGACAUCAAUGAUAAACAUGGCAACAGCCACCACCACAAUGGCUUAACUUCAUCAGAAGUUUUUGCCAGCGCCCAGAACGGGUAUGCCAAACCCCUUCAUACUGCUACUCACACGUCACUGCCAUCCAAAGAGAACAUGGUGGUCUUCUCACUUGGUCUGCUGGCUUUGCCUUUUCUCCCUGCCACCAAUCUGUUCUUCUAUGUCGGCUUUGUGGUGGCUGAGAGGGUUCUCUACAUCCCCAGCAUGGGCUUCUGUCUACUAGUGACACUUGGGAUUAGGUCCAUGUUUGUAAAAAUGAGGCGGAGAAGCUCCAGGGCACUGCUUGUUGGCUGUGCUGCUGGACUUGUCCUGCUUUACAGCCUCAGAACAGUGUGCAGGAACCAGGACUGGCAGAGCGAAGAGAUGCUUUACAGGUCUGGCAUCACUGUUAACCCCGCCAAAGCUUGGGGUAAUCUUGGCAAUGUCUUGAAGACCCAGGGUAAAGUGGUAGAAGCAGAGGAAGCAUACAGAAGUGCCCUAUACUACCGUGGCAACAUGGCUGACAUGCUCUACAACCUCGGUCUGUUGCUGCAAGAGAGUGAACGUUUCUCUGAGGCUCUGGAUUACUAUAAACUGGCCAUCCAAAGCAGACCGACUCUGGCAUCGGCAUAUUUGAAUACUGGUAUUAUACUGGAGUCUGAGGGAAAUGUGGAGGAGGCCAAGCGCACAUUUCAGAAGUGUGCCAGCAUCCCAGAUGAGAACCUGAAGGACCCUCAUGCUCACAAAAGUGCAGUCACUAGCUGCCUGUACAAUCUUGGCAAGCUGCUCCAUGAACAGGGUCAGCAAGAGGAAGCCCUGUCCAUUUAUAAAGAGGCUGUGAAGAAGAUGCCUCAUCAGUUUGCACCACAGAGCCUUUACAACAUGAUGGGUGAGGCCUAUAUGAAACUAAAUAAGUUUGAAGAUGCAGAGCACUGGUACAGAGAGUCACUUAAGGCCAAACCAGACCACGUCCCUGCCCACCUGACAUAUGGCAAGUUGCUCUCUAUUAUGGGUCAUAAAACUGAGGCAGAGCAUUACUUCCUGAAGGCAAUAGAGCUGGAGCCCACCAAGGGGAUGUGUUAUAUGCACUAUGGUCAGUUUUUGGUGGAACAGUCUCGAUUAGGAGAAGCUGCUGUGAUGGCUGAGAAAGCUGCUGAACUGGACAACACAGAAUUCGAUGUAGUUUUCAGUGCUGCUCACAUACUCAGACAGGCAAGUCUGAACGAGGCAGCUGAAAGGUAUUAUGGGAAGGCAGCAGACCUUAGACCAGAUUAUGCUGCUGCUCUGUUGAACCUCGGGGCCAUCCUCCAUCUUAAUGGAAAGCUUGUGGAGGCCGAGGCCAACUACUUGCGCGCGCUGCAGCUCAAACCUGACGAACUGAUCACGCAAUCCAAUUUGCGCAAACUCUGGAAUGUCAUGCACAAACGAGGCCUGAAGAGCGUGGGGUCAUGAGCAUACUUUCUAUCCCAAGCUCUGUAAAGCAGAUACAUUUGACAGCGAGGAUUUGAGGCUUGCGAGCCUCUAGUGUUGAGAGGUUUAGUAAUCUGAUUCAGCACCACAGCACUGGUUUAGAGGAGAAGGAGCUUGCAUGGGCCCCUGUGGGAACACUGAAAUAAACAGGUACAUGGUCAGGGAACAUCCUUGCCUUUAUGAAUGGGCAGAACCAGUACUGGUGUGAGUCACAGGGCAUCAAAUUCACCUCCAGGAACCUACAGUGUGAUGUCUGCACUGCAAAAUCAAAUGUGUUGUGCAUUUUUUUAUUUGGGAAAUAAAUUUGCAUUACUGAAGUUUGAACUGAGUGAAGAUCACGAGCUUAAGUAAAAUGUCCUGAAGCAAUGACUAUUAUGAAGAACAUUCCACAAAAUGAAAGAGAAAUUAUUUGGAAGUGUCUUAUUGUAUAGUGUUUUAUAAAGUAAAUUUAUAAAGUUUUAUAAAGUACAUGUUAAUUUAUUACAGUGUUCUGUUUAUUUUUCACUUUUUCACAAUGUCUGUGAGUGAUUUAUCUGAGAAUCUCCUUGGAAUUCUCUUGGUUAUUUAUCCUGCUGCUUUAUCUUAUACAUUUUGUAAUUGUACAACCCUAAUUCCAAAAAAGUUGGGACGCUGUGUAAAAUGUAAAUAAAAACAGAAUGCAGUGCUUUGCAAAUCUCAUAAACCCAUAUGUUCCUCCACCUGUUUCUCUUAAGUAACACUUACUUUUCCAGCCUUUUGUUUCCCCUGUCCCAACUUUUUUGAGACAUGUUACAGCCACCAAAUUCAAAAUUAUCUUAUUUUUUUCUUAAAAUGGUACAUUUCCUCAGUUUAAACGUGAUAUGUUUUCUAUGUUCUAUUGUGAAUAACAUAUGGGUUUAUGAGACUUGCAAAUCAUUGCAUUCUGUUUUUAUUUACAUUUUACACAGCGUCCCAACUUUUUUGGAAUUGGAGUUGUAAUUUUAUUAUUGUUAUACUGGAGCUUAUAUGUUACAUGGCCAAAAGUGUGGACUAUGUGGACUCUUGCUCAUUUUGGAACAUGGCUCUGAGGAUUUGCCUAGUAUUGUUGAAUAUUUAGCUAAUAUUGUUGCCAUUUCUUUAUGGAUAUCACUUGGUGCUCAGUGGGAAUUGUCACGCUAGAACAGGAAAAGGGUUUCUGUAAACUGUUGCCAGAAACAUGGAAGCACACAAUUCUUUAAAAUGUUUAAGAUGUGAUUGUAUGCUCCAGCAUUAAGAUUUUCCUUUACUAGAAUUAAGGGUCCUGGUCAAACAGCCCCUGUUCAGUUUUUCUCCUCUACCAAACAUUACAGCUUGCUCUAUGCAUUCAGACAUCCACUUGCCUGAUCUGAUGCACUGUUAUCAGUGGGUGUGGCUGACACACCCACAGUACUGGGUUCUUCAGAUUUUUGGCCAUGUAGUAUAUAAGUAGUUCUUGGAUUACACAUUUGAACAAAAAGGCAAUAAAAGUACAUACUGAAUCCCGAGAAGUUGAUUUGUCUUUUUUUUUUUACUUGAUUAUAUGAUUGGGGCACAGUGGCUUAGUGGUUAGCACAUUGAUUACCGCCUUGAUUACCACCUCUGCCCUGUGUGCACAGAGUUUACAUGUUCUCCCCGUGCUUCGGGGGUUUCCUCUGGGUUCUCAGGAGGAAUCCGUUGUAGGCUGAUUGGCAUUUCCAAUGCAGCUGUGGGGCAGCUGUGGCUCAGGUGGUAGAGCGGGUUGUCCACUAACUGUAGGGUUGGAGGUUUGAUUCCCGGCCACAUGCCGGGAAUCGAACACGUGACUCCACAUGCCAAAGUGUCCUUGUUCAAGACAUUGAAUCUGCAAGCUGCUCCCGAUGGCAAGUUAGUGCCUUGCAUGGCAGCUCUGCUACCAGUGGUGUGUGUGUGUGUGUGAAUGGGUGAAUGAGACACGGUAUAAAGUGCUUUGGAUAAAAGCGGUAUAUAAGUGUAGACCAUUUACCAUUUCCAAAUUGUCCAUAGUGUAUGAAUGU